AUGGAAGGAGUGGGGAAGGAAGAAGUGGAAGAUAACACUGAUGCAAACAUGGAAGGGGCUCUGAUAGCCCGGGACAGAGUUGGGGUGCAGGACUUUGUGCUUCUGGACUCCUACACCAGUGAGAAUGCUUUCAUGAACAACCUGCGCAAGAGGUACCAGGAGAACCUCAUCUAUACAUACAUUGGAACUCUUCUUGUGUCUGUCAACCCUUACAAGGAGCUGGAUAUCUACACCCUGACACAGAUGCGCCUUUAUCGGGGGGUAAACUUUUUUGAACUGCCACCACAUCUAUAUGCCAUAGCUGACAAUGCCUACAGGGUGAUGUGCAGUGAGUACAACAACCACUUCAUCCUCAUCUCGGGGGAGAGUGGGGCUGGGAAGACAGAAGCCUCCAAGAAGAUCUUGCAGUACUACGCAGUCACCUGCCCAACCACAGAGCAGCUGCAGAUCGUCCGCGACCGGCUGCUGCUUUCCAACCCUGUGCUGGAGGCUUUUGGAAAUGCAAAAACUCUGCGUAAUGACAACUCCAGCAGAUUUGGGAAAUACAUGGAUAUCCAAUUUGAUUUUAAGGGAGCUCCAGUGGGAGGGCACAUCCUCAGUUACCUCAUUGAGAAAUCCCGAGUUGUCCAUCAAAACCACGGAGAAAGGAAUUUCCAUAUUUUCUACCAGUUAUUGGAGGGUGGAGAGAAGGAUCUUCUUUGCUGGCUGGGGCUGGAGCGCAAUCCCCAGAAGUAUGGGUAUCUCAUCCAGGGUCGAUGUGCCAAAGUGUUUUCUAUUAAUGACAAGAACGACUGGAAAAUUGUCCGCAAAGCUUUUUCUAUCAUUGACUUCACUGAAAAAGAUACAGAGCAUCUCUUUGGAAUUGUUGCCAGUGUGCUACACCUGGGGAACAUCCAGUUUGAAGAGGACAGCAAUGGCCACGCCAUCAUCCGCGACGGCACGCAGAUCAAGUGGAUCUCUAAGCUGCUGGGUGUGCACUUGUCCAUCCUGCAGGAAGCCCUCACCAAUCGGAAGAUCGAAGCCCGGUCUGAGGAGGUCCUAAGCCCCCUGAACGUGGACCUGGCGUUCUAUGCACGGGAUGCAGUAGCCAAGGCCAUUUAUGGGCGAAUGUUCACUUGGCUGGUCAACAAAAUCAAUGGCUCUCUGGCCAACCAGGAUUCCACCCGGAAAACAGUGAUUGGCCUGCUGGAUAUCUAUGGUUUUGAAGUGCUGGACACAAACAGCUUUGAGCAGUUCUGCAUUAAUUACUGCAAUGAGAAGCUCCAGCAGCUGCUGAUUGAGAUGACCUUGAAAGCAGAGCAGGAGGAAUAUGAACUGGAAGGAAUAGAGUGGGAACCAAUUCCAUACUUCAACAACAAGAUCAUCUGUGACUUGGUUGAGCAGAAGCACAAAGGAAUCAUCUCCAUUCUGGAUGAGGAAUGCUUAAGACCUGGUGAGGCCACUGAUUUGAGCUUCUUGGAAAAGCUGGAAGAGAAAGUAGGAGAUCAUCCCCACUUCGUGACCCGCAAGCUGGCAGACCAGAGGACACGGAAAUCCAUUGACUGGGUGGAUUUCCGGCUGCUCCACUACGCGGGAGAAGUCACCUACUGUGCUGUUGGAUUUUUGGAGAAGAAUAAUGACCUACUGUACAGAAACCUGAAAGAGGUGCUGUGCAACUCCAAAAACAACAUCAUCAGAGACUGCUUCUUGCUGCCAGAGCUUGACAACAGGAGGAGACCAGAGACUGUUGCAACCCAGUUCAAAAACAGCCUGACGAGCCUGAUAGAAAUCCUGAUGUCCAAGGAGCCCUCUUAUGUCCGCUGUAUUAAACCAAAUGAGAACAAGGAGCCUGGGAAGUUUGAUGACUACCUGAUCCGGCACCAGGUGAAGUACCUGGGGCUGAUGGAGCACCUGCGGGUGCGACGCGCCGGCUUCGCCUACCGCCGCAAGUACGAGCUCUUCCUGCAGCGGUACAAGUGCCUGUGUCCAGCUACCUGGCCACACUGGCAUGGGCCAGCAGCUGAGGGUGUGGAGAGGCUCAUCAAGCACAUUGGUUACAAACCUGAAGAGUACAAAUUAGGAAGAACCAAAAUAUUCAUUCGGUUCCCGAAGACCCUGUUUGCCACUGAGGAUGCCUUUGAGUUCAGGAAGCACCUGCUGAUUUCAAGACUACAGGCCAAAUACAAAGGAUUCCUUGGGAAGAGAGAGUACUUGAAGAAGAGGGAAGCAGCAAUCAAGCUGGAGUCCUGUUGGCGGGGAGAGCUGGCUCAGAGGGCAGCCAAGAGGAGGACGUGGGCAGUCCAGAAAAUCAGGAAGUUCAUAAAUGGCUUCAUCAACCGGAAGAAGCCCCUUUGCCCCGAGAACACGGAGUUUGUGAGGCUGGUGCAGUACAAAUACUUGAUGAAGCUCAGAGACCACGUUCCAAAAAACGUCUUGGACAAGAGCUGGCUCCAACCUCCUUCCAUCCUGGAAGAGACAUCAGAGAUGCUGCAGAAAAUCUGCAUUAGGAACCUAGUAAGGAAAUACUGCCGAGGAGUCACUGCUGAGAGGAAAGUGCAGUUAGAGCAAAAAGUGGUAGCAAGUGCUGUGUUCAGAGGGAAGAAGGAGGGUUACCUGCAGAGCCUCAACCAGCCUUUCAUGGACACCCGGCUAAAAGAGAAUGAUAUAAACCCUAAAGUACUGCAGCUGAUCCAGGGUGAGAAGAUCAAGUAUGUGACCCCCGUGAUAAAAUAUGACAGAAACGGCUUCAAAGCACGAGAGAGGCUGCUUGUUCUGACCCAGUCCUCGGCCUAUGUGGUGGAAAUGGCCAAGAUCAAGCAGAAAAUAGACUAUGCCACUCUGAGAGGCAUUUCCACCAGUAACCUGAGGGAUGGGAUUGUGGUCAUUCAUGUUCCUGAGGACAACAAACAGAAGGGAGAUGUGAUACUUCAGUGUGAGCACAUCUUUGAGACAGUCACCAAGCUCUGCAUGUUGGCCAAUAAGCAGCACCUGGUGAAAGUCGUGCAGGGAAGCCUCCAGUUUCGGAUUGGCUCUGGGAAGGAAGGGACGAUGGUGUUUGCUGUUGGGCAGGAGCCUCAGGUCUUCAGAGCCAAAAACGGACAACUAACAGUGAGUAACACUGUCCUGGUCCUCCCCACGUACCAGCUGUGCAAAACCUUAGAUGACCAAACUGUCUCCUGCUAG